AUGGCCAAAAGCAAAACAAGAGGGCAGAAGCCCAGGAAUGUGCUCCACAUAGCCACCCAAAACACUCUGAAGUGGAAAACAGAGCAAAAACCAGUCCCCACUCAUCUCAACAAGAUAAAUAUCGUGAACGAUGGAGAGGUGAACAGAAUGAAUAAAGCUUUUGGAGACAUACAGAAGGAGCUUGCCCAUUUCCCAAAAGGCCUUUCCCUGGAGCCUCUGCAGAAACCACUGAUUGCUCAGCAGUGUCAUGAAAAUGAACCAGUUACUGUUGAUGAAGCUGCAAAAGUAACGGCCAGUUGUAAAACAGCACGGACGAUGCAGCAAAUUCCCCCCAGGACCAAUACGUGA